AUGCUAGCCGGUUGGUUUAGCGAGCGUCACCGUAUAUUCAUGAACGCGUACUAUGGGCUGGCACAGAAUACGUCGCGACCUGUCAACCCUCUUCGUACUCCACAAUCUCCCGACGAGGGCUCGUCGCCAAGUCUUAUUCCAGAGAUGAUAGCACCCGCCGCCCCGCCUCAACGACCCCACCACUGCCCAUCACCCUCAGCCGACUGUCCAACAUUCCAGAUACACCCGCGCCACCCCCUCUCUCCCUUCUACCCGCACCUCGCGGAGUCGAUUGUUGCUUCCCUCCCGCAUGAUGCUCGCCUUGCGCUCCGAGCAACCUGCAAGGCGCUCCGCCACACAGUUGACGCCGUCUUCGUCCGCUCCCUUAUCGUGACGCCAGUGGGCCUCCUCUCACCAAUCGGCCGAAUCCCCAUCAGAGACCUCAAUGCACGCCCCGAGCUUCACUCACGUGUCAAGGCGAUCGACAUGGUGUUACUCACCGCGCUCUCGUCGGUCAACGAGGCAGCCAUCACCUCGCUCCCGAUCCUGCAAGACAUGUCGGGGCUCAAAAUUGUGCGCACAUCCGCUGAGAAGGCCCUCACGCGCUUUGAAACCACACGAAGCGUCAUCCGCGUCUUCGAACCAACAUACUCGAACCCCGGCAGACGUUGGACGCCGUGGCGGCUGCAUGCGCGCCCCCUUCCGAACUGCGAGCGGCUCGUCCUCCUCGUCUUAUACCACGAGCCCAGGGAUCUGACGAGUGCGCAGCUCACCCCUCGCUUUUGGAACUUUCCGCCCUCUAUGAAGGAGGUGGUGCUGCAUGUGCGGCCGCACCCCUGCCCCAAGGAGGAUAUAACUAAAUCGCGCUGCCGGCCUGACAAUGGGUUCGAGGGGUGGUCGCGCCUCCUCGGGCUCCUUCGAGCGUUGUUUUACAGCGGGAAGCGCAUAACCCUCGUGGGCAAGGGGUGGGAUCCGGCGUGGAUUCUGGAAGACGACCCGAGUCACGGGUUCGAGGAGGCGUGGAGGGCGCAGUGUACCCUCGAGUUGAUCUCCUCGGGCAUGGAAAAGGAGGCCGCGGCAGCCAAGGUGGAGGAGCACUUCGUGUUCGUCAGCGAGGAGGACUAUCGCGCGCAGGUUGGGGAAACGGCGUGGCGCGUGGAAACGGCUGCGAGUCUGGCUGAUCUAGAGGAGGGAGAGAUUUAG